AUGAUCCAGGCGGAGCGCGACCGGAGCGAGCGUCCACCGCCUCUUCGCGCCGCCGCCGCCGCUUUGGCCUGUGCUGCUCGCAGCGACGCUGCUGUUUCCGCCGCUGCCACCGCCAGGAGUCUCGCCUGUGCGCGCGUGCCUGCCCAGUCCGCCAUUGCCGCUUCUCCUCGCCAAGGGGGGCGCCUUUCCCCCUCCCCGUUGGGUGGCAGCACUGGCGCCACCCAUCAUUACCCCACCCUCACGUCCCUCCCCUCACCUCCCUCCCCUCGCCUACCCCUCCCCUCGCCUACCCCUCCCCUCGCCUACCCCUCCCUAACCUCCCUCCCCUCCCCUCACCUACUCCUCCCUUCACCUCCCUCCCCUCACCUCCCUCCCUCCCCUCCCCUCACCUACCCCUCCCUUACCUCCCUCCCCUCACCUCUCUCCCCUCACCUCCCUCUCCUCCCCUCACCUCUCUCCCCUCACCUCCCUCUCCUCCCCUCACCUCUCUCCCCUCACCUCCCUCUCCUCCCCUCACCUUCCUCCCCUCAACUCCCUCCCCUCACCUCCCUCUCCUCCCCUCACCUACCCCUCCCCUUACCUCGCUCCCCUCAGCUCCCUCCCCUCACCUGCCCCACUCACCUCCUCCACAAUAGGCGCCAGCACCACACACUUGGCCCUCCCACUGCGCACCGCCUGCCCCACCUCCUUCAGCCCUGCCAGCACCCGCCGCCUCAUCGCUCCCUGCUCCUGUGCGUCGUUGCGGGGGGGAUGGGGAGGGAGAGGGGGAUGCAGGGGAUGCGCCGCCGCAUAGCUCCCUGCUCCCAUGCGUCCUUUACCCUGAGGUCCCCGUCUCCCCAUCCACCCCUCCCCCAUCUCCCCCUCCCCCCACACUCGCGCUACUGCGCACGCUGCCACCUGCGCACGCGCUCGCACUGCCGCCCACGCUCGCGCGCCUGUGUCGCCAGCACCACCAUGCGUUUCAAGCGGCUCGCUCGCUUCUUAUUCGGUGUCCGCCUCUCCUUCCCCCGCCUCACACUAUUUCUCUCCAAAGUUGCUGCCUUCACCCACCCCUCCACAGCGCGUCUCCACGCACCCUCUCUCACGCACGCCCUCUCACACCUUUCUCCCGUUUUUCCACUUUUCCCGCCCGUCCCCACCUGUCUCCACCCGUCCGCCGGCGCCUUCUCCCCUCCUCCGCCUUCCUAA